GGCGAUGAUUUCUCCAACCCCCUGUUCACCGACCUAGCUCCGCUGCUGGCCCUCUUCGGGGAAAGGGUCACCAUGCAGCUCAUGAGCAAAGCUAUGGGCUGGGCCGACAAUGUGAUUCUGGCAGUGGGCCCGCUGGGCAAAAUCACCGGUAUCGUCGGCGCCAUCAGGAUCAGAUGUCCGUCGUGGUUCAGAGCCGUCAUUGGUAGAGCGAGGGAGAGCCGUGCUGUCCCCGUUCCG